UGUCACUAGAAAAAUGCACACGUCUUUGGAGAAAUCCACACUUGUACGUGGUUAAUUUUGCGCGGUGAAGAGGAAUUCUCAAGGGUGUUGGAGUAACUGGCAGAUAUUUUUCGUUUCUUGUUCUUGCAAAAUGGCUAAAAUUUUCAGCCCAUUGUGCAUUUCCCUUUGUUUUCUCGCUUUUUGCGCGAAAUCGGUCGAAGGAGCGACGAAAAGGACUGGGGGCGCGCGAAAUAAUGGCAAUCUGUCAGAUGAGGAACAUUACAACGGGAAAGGCGAACACAACAAGGAAUACGAUCACGAAGCUUUUCUCGGAAAGCAAAAGAAAUCUUUCGACCAGUUGACUCCUGAGGAAUCUAAAGAAAGGCUAGGGAAAAUUGUUGAUAAAAUCGAUAAAGACCAAGAUGGAAAGAUCACAGCAAAAGAACUUGCUGACUGGAUUAAUUUUACCAAAACACAACACAAUGAAGAAACUGUCAACAAGCGUUGGGGUGAGCUGAUGGUAAGGUUGCAGUCACUUCUGUCCCAAAAGGAUUCUGCCGCAGGGAAGAAAGUUGAUCCCAAAGCACCUAUUACAUGGGAACAAUACAAGACAGCCAGCUAUGGAGAAAAGCCAGAGGAGAGUGAUGUGUACAGAAACCAAGCAAUAAUAGAAGAGCGACGAUGGAAAGCUGCAGAUCUUGAUCAAGAUGGCAAACUGACGAGAGAAGAGUAUGCCGCGAUGUAUUAUCCUUGGGAACACAAGCACAUGCACGAUACAGUUGCACAGGAGAACCUUGAAGACAUGGACAAAGAUAAAGAUGGACUUUUAUCACCUCAAGAGUACUUGGGUAAUAAACAUGCAGUCUUCAGUUUUUUAUUUAUUCAGGAUGAAGUCAAGGAGUGGAUGUUUCCUUCAAAUUAUGACCCUAUCAAAGCUGAAGCAAGCCACUUGAUUCAACGUGCUGAUGCUGAUAAAGACAAGGUCUUGACAAAGGAUGAAAUCCUUGAAAAAUACAAUGUUUUUGUUGGAAGUAAAGCAACAAACUAUGGCAAAGAUCUGACAAGACAUGACGAGUUUUGAAAAAGCUGCUAAACCAAAAGAUUUUUUUGGAUUUUUUUUUUUUUAAUAUAUCUAUGGAAAUUAAAUUUUGGCAAUUUCUAUUACAUGUAAGAGAUCAAAUUAUAAAAUUAUAACUUUUGAUAAAUAUAAUUUCUAUCAAGUUUUUAUAAUAUUGCUUUCAUAGUUAUCUGCUUUUUUAUGCUCCUGUGUUUUAAUGUGUCAACUGAUUUGACUUGAUUUUGGGAAGGAGAAUAAAUAUACAUUUACUUAA